GCGAACCCCUGCGACCCAACUUCGACCCCUCCUGACCUGUUUCGUCGUCGUGCCGUUGUCGUUGUCCUGAGUCCUUUGGCUUCUGAUUCUUAGCUUCCAACAUCUCGCCCAUGAUGAAGCGGUCGCCAACCCCUGCGUUCCAGAAUCCACCUCCAGCAAAACAUCCAAAGCUCUCGUUCCUUUCUGAGGAUCAUCUCAAGGCUCUAACCGAAAGAAUGCUAGGCACAUAUUUUACCCUUCCUGCAGGAUCUCCGUUCACGAGAGAGGCUAUCGGAUUGCUUUGCUCGUUCUGGGGGUUCUUGUACAUGGCCCUUGGUGAUAUCAACCGCGAAUUUCAAGCGCAGCUAAAGGCGCCUGCUGACGUCGAUUGGGCGGGUUUACUCGAUGACCAGGACUCGGGCCUGUAUGAGAUACUCGACCGUUUGGCAAAGGAGUCCGCCCUGGAGCGAAACUGGGAACCGUUGUUGACGUUUCCCAAUCUCCGUAGCUCGCGGCCUACUCUUUUACCACCAGAUAUAGACCCAUCUGUUCCAGCAUUGGAGCAAGCACAUGCGACGGAGAAGUCUUGGUACAAUGGGUUUCAAGGGCGCGCCAUGAAGGCCUUGGAAGUCCAUGUGCAGCACUACCUCGCUGAAGAAAGUCAUGUGCACGAACGUUAUGCUCCCUUCACAUCUGUCAUCCAGUCGUCGGGGAUGGGUAAAUCUCGGCUCGUUGAUGAGUUUAGUAAGACGCACUUCGUCAUUCCAAUCAAUCUUCGUGAUACUUCGAACGGCUUCCCUCCAUGCGACAAGGCAGUAUAUGACUAUUUAAACGAAGUGAAGACAGAAAGCGACUCCUUUCAGCGCAUCUAUAGGUUUCUCGUCGCACUGUUUCGCCAUACGGAAGAUAUAGUCAAGGGCGAGGAAAUAAACCGUUAUGCGGAUGAAUCUAAGACGCUGGCACCUGCUUUUCGUGACUACAUGACAAAAGGGCAAUCCAUGUCAGGGCCAUCCAAUUUGCGAAAAACUUUCUAUCAAGAAGUAGUCGACGCAGCAACAAAAGACACUUCCACUUUCGGUGGUGAUAGCAAACAAUCGCCCAAACUUGGGAGUGAUCAGCUUUUCUACGCCUACCAAUGUCUACAAGACACAAUCUACAUGGACACAGGGAUCGUUGCAGAUGGAAACUGGCAACCUAUGGAAGAUCGUUUGACGAACAUGCCCAAAAUUUAUAUCAUGUGGGAUGAGGCCCACUGCUUGACUGAGCCUUUUGAUCCGCAGACUGGUCUUCAGUCCAAAUUCUCAGUCCUUCGACGGGUCCUUCGCAUGCUCCGAGGGAAAGCGCUAUUUUCAUUCUUUCUGUCUACCACAGGGAGAACCUCACAAUUUCUCUCUGCACGUCCCGUGGACCCAUCAGCACGGAUAUAUGAGGGGUCGCUGGCCUUGAUACCGCCAUUCACAGAUCUCGGCUUCGACCAUUUUAUGGCUGGUCACCACUUAGGAUCUGCAGAUGCAGAAACACUGACUGACGUCACAAAAUUCAAGUACAUUGUACGCAUGGGACGCCCUCUCUGGGGUGGACGCUAUGAACAUGGCAACGAGCAAGUGCGGGACAAUAUCAUCACAUUUGCUCAGAUGAAACUCGCUAAUGAGCUCCCAUCGCGACUGCGAGACACUGCGCUUAACACUGCACAGACUUUUGCUUGCCUUGCCCAACGGCUGGCUCUCGAUAUCACUUCCACCUCAUUUGUGGAUUCGGUUCAGGAGCAAGACCUAGUUCAGAACCACAUGCGCGUUUGUUUGAAAAUUGGGGCGGGCUUUGUGGAUCUCCUUACAACUUCUUCGUCGGAACCAAUCCUUGCAGAGGCCUCUUCGCUAACAACGCGUGACAACAAGCUCUUCAACAUGCCGUCGGCCUUGAAGAUGGUUCUUGAGGGGUUCUCCAUCAAUCAGGGUGACCGAGGAGAGCUCCUAGUAUUAGCUCUUUUCACCAUGGCGCGUGAUGCAGCUAUUCCUCCUUCGAAUACAUGGGCUACAGAACUACCAGUCAUUCCUGUCCUUAACCUUCUCUCAUAUCUCUUCAACGAUGUCAUCUUCGCCAGCAUCUCCAGCGCGCUUCCAUCUAGGAUCAUAAAAGAACACUCACCUCUCUGCUUCAAGAAUGCAUUUGCCAACGCAAAACUAUCCUUUAAUCAUGUCAUUAAACCUCACCAGUGGAAGGUGCUCAACCGCCAUCUCUUGCUUGGCUUCAUCGCUCGUGCUGCUGCAAUUCUAUGCGCGAACAAUCAGCCAGGGGUAGACAUAGUCUUUCCUUACCUCUACUAUGAUGACAAGCUGUGCGUAUGGAACGUGGGAUUUAUUUUGGUACAGGUCAAAAAUGAUCCAACCUAUACGAAUGCGCCAAAAGCGAACCUGUUUGAUUUGAUGGAUCCGUUUGCGCUUGGCUUGUUUGAAAAGGACCAGCCCACUGUCCCUAUUAUCAGAAUGGUGUUCGCAUUAGCAGCUCCGGAGGCAUCAGUCACCCAGGUGCACUAUGGGCAGGGUACAACGAAUACAGGUCCAGUUGACGACCGUUUCACAUCAUAUGACUUCUGGUGUGCUGGAAUAUCCCCCACCUGUCUCAAGCCUGUUGUGGAUACAGCGCAGUGUACUUGGAAUGCACUUCUUCAUGCUUCAUAUGGUUGGAAGAAGAUCUAUGACACCAAUUGGAAUGCGGAUGGACAAGCAUGUCGGCGGCAGCAGAACCCUCUUGCUGCUAUGCACGAAGAUCACAGGAACCAGUUCAUGGACUACAAGCCCAAGCAACCGGCCAAGGCCCAGGAACCCAAGCGGAAACAAAAAGGGGGGGAAAAAGGGAAAAAAAAAGAGAAGCAGGUUUCGAUGGAGCUCAAUAAGAUGGAUCCCGACGCGAAGGAAUAUCUCAAAAAGUUGUUGGUCAAGUUUCCCAAUGCCUGUUAGUUUUAAUGUUGUUGUAUCAAACGCAGACAAUGAAUAGAAUUUGUAAUUAGCUUUGGAGUAUGUCCAUUGUCGUGACUUGCCAUCGGGAUUAGUGUUCAAAUGUUCAAAUCCGGAUCUUG